UUCACCAAAUUUACCAAUAAUACUGUUUAUCACGAUGACACUUUUGGGUGGCUAUUUUAUCCAUCUGAUUCUUAUUUCCACUCUAAAGAAGUAUAGUGUCCAACGUUACCGUCUCCACCACUACCACCAUUCUCCCAUUUCUCUUAUACAUUAUUAGGUACACUUUUAAUAAACAAAGCUUCUUACUCUAUUUUUCUAUAUAAGGCGUGAGUUCUCCACAAGCCUCCUCAUCAAUCAAAAUCAAGUAAGCAUCACUACUUAGUACUAAUUCCAAACCAUGGCUUCCAACGUUCAGCUUUCAGAAACAAGCAGCCCAAGGAGUCAGAAAAACUGUCCGAGAGUAGAGAAGGAGGAAGUGGACUACAUGCAGAGAGCUCAGUGGCUAAGAGCUGCCUUGCUCGAUGGAGCCAACGAUGGUCUGGUCACAGUUGCUUCGCUAAUGAUGGGUGUUGGUUCUAUCAAAGAAGACGUCAAAGCAAUGCUUCUUGUUGGUUUUGCCGGCCUUGUAGCGGGUGCUUGUAGUAUGGCUAUUGGAGAGUUUGUGUCUGUAUGCACCCAAAGGGAUAUUGAAACUGCGCAGAUGAAGAGAGCUAUUGAGAAUAAGACAUCAUUAUCAGAAAUCGACGAACAAGAGGAGGAGGAGAAGAAAGAACGGCUGCCAAAUCCAGGGCAAGCAGCAAUUGCAUCAGCGUUAGCGUUUUCUGUGGGUGCAGCAAUGCCGCUUUUGGCCGCUGUAUUCAUAGAGAAUCAUAAGGUAAGAAUGGUUGUGGUAGCGAUUGUGGCCACCAUAGCAUUAGUUGUGUUUGGAGUGACCGGUGCGGUCUUGGGAAAGACAAGUGUGGCUAAGUCGAGCGUUAGAGUGGUGAUUGGUGGUUGGAUGGCUAUGGCUCUUACCUUUGGUCUCACUAAGUUCAUUGGCUCCGCAGCCAUGCAAAUUUAGAGGCUCUUUAUGUGGUCUUCUUGUUUCCAUGCAUCCCAAUCAGUGUUCCGUUAUGUUUGUAUUCUAAUCAUCACACAAUCUACCAACUAUAUAUGUGAUGUAGACUAUCUAAUGCACAACAAACACCAAAAAGUUAAUAAACGGUUAUUUAAUCGACC